CGAUACACAUAUCCCGGCAGAGGCUUCGAAGGAUCAUUCCCGUUUUAGUUACAUCAGCUAGACACACUUGGGCUGUUCUUGAUUGAUAUAAAGCUCGUCGAAGUAUCGAUUACAUUGAAUCCAACAAAACACUUCAAUAAUUCACAAUGGGCAAAGUUCUUCUCGUCCUCUACGAUGGUGGUGUGCACGCCGAGCAGGAGCCAAACCUCCUCGGAACGACAGAAAACGAGCUGGGCAUCAGGAAGUGGCUCGAGGAGCAAGGCCACGAGCUGGUGACCACCUCGGACAAGGAGGGAGAGAACUCGGUGUUCGACCAGCACCUUGUUGACGCGGAGGUCAUCAUCACCACACCUUUCCACCCCGGUUACCUGACGGCUGAGCGUCUCGCCAAGGCGAAGAACCUCAAGAUUGCUGUCACGGCUGGUAUCGGAUCCGACCACGUCGACCUCGACGCCGCGAACAAGACCAAUGGCGGUAUCACCGUUGCCGAGGUGACUGGCUCCAACGUCGUGUCGGUCGCCGAGCACGUCGUCAUGACCAUCCUCACACUCGUCCGCAACUUUGUCCCCGCACACGAGCAGAUCACCCGCGGCGAGUGGAACGUCGCCGAGGUGGCUAAGAACGAGUACGACCUGGAGAACAAGGUCGUCGGUACCGUUGCCGUUGGGCGUAUCGGUGAGCGCGUGCUCCGCCGUCUCAAGGCCUUCGAGUGCAAGGAGCUGCUGUACUUUGACUACCAGCCCCUGAAGCCCGAGGUCGAGAAGGAGAUUGGCUGCCGCCGUGUCGACAGCCUCGAGGAGAUGCUCGCUCAGUGCGACGUUGUCACUAUCAACUGCCCGCUGCACGAGAAGACCCGCGGCAUGUUCAACAAGGAGCUCAUCUCCAAGAUGAAGAAGGGCUCGUGGCUCGUCAACACCGCCCGUGGCGCCAUCAUCGUCAAGGAGGACGUCGCCGACGCACUCAAGUCCGGCCACCUCCGCGGAUACGGCGGUGAUGUGUGGUUCCCCCAGCCCGCGCCCAAGGACCACCCUCUCCGCUACGCAACCAACCCCUGGGGCGGAGGCAACGCCAUGGUCCCCCACAUGUCUGGUACCUCGAUCGACGCGCAGAAGCGCUACGCCGCCGGCACCAAGGCCAUUCUCGACUCGUACUUCUCGGGCCGCGAGGACUACAAGCCAGAGGAUCUUAUCGUGCACAAGGGUGACUACGCUACCAAGGCGUAUGGUAUGCGUGCUCCUACAAAGGACAAGGUCGGGUUGUAAGCGGUUGAUGGAGUGUUUUUCCUUUUUUAGUUCUGCGGAGUCGCAUGGUUGCUCCUGGGCUGUUGUAUGAAGGCGAAUGAAUAUCAAUGAACAUACACGAUUAAGCUCUUACCUGUUGUGUCAACCGUGGGAUGGUGUGAAGUGAAGUGAGACGGGUAUUUUCUGGAGA